AUGGCCAAGAUCAAGGUCUCACGGCCGUUGAUCGAACACCAUAAUUAUGGAGAUGCCGAUGCGAACUUGCCUAUCUGUACCGGACAUCGCCAACCUCGACUCUCUUGGAGCUUUGAAGCCACAGAUGGCACACUGAGAGGCUGGCAUCAGACUCACUAUACCAUCAAGCUAUCUGCGUGGGGUCAGCCGCAUCCAGAUAUAUACAUUGUGGGCUCUGAGUCGGUGCUGGUCCCUUGGCCUGGAAAGCCUCUGUCCUUAGACAGCAGCUGCAGAGUCAAAGUUCGUGUCGAUGGUGAAGAUGUGCAUGGUGAUCUUGUAAGCUCACUUUGGUCUGAAGAGACUACUGUGGAAUUCGUGCCGCCACAAGACCAACUUACUGCAAACUUCAUUGGUUCAGCUCAACCCCAGCCUGACGGCCCACUCCGACCUCUUAGAUUCCGCAAAUUUUUCAACGUGCCCGAUUACGACGGUCUUGCAGACAAGGCAAAGUUGUACGUCACUGCAUAUGGCGUAUAUCAAGUCUCUAUCAAUGGCGAACGGAUUGGCAAUGAUCAGAUGGCGCCUGGCUGGACAAGCUAUACCCAUCGUCACCUUUAUCAAACCCAUGAUGUCCGGGAGCAUCUAAGGCCAGGGACAAACGUCAUCGGCAUUGAGGUGGCUGAAGGCUGGUAUGCUGGUCGACUGGGUUGGGCUGGACAACGUCAGUUCUAUGGCAAAGCCCUGGGAGUAUUCGCUGAACUGCAAGUGGUCGCGUCAGAGACAGAAGGUGCAAUUAUGAUCACAACGGAUGACACUUGGGAAUGUGGAUAUGGCCCACUGAUGAUCAGUGACAUAUAUGAUGGCGAAGUGUAUGCCCAAGAGAAUGAACAGGUCGGCUGGAAUGACAUUUCCAGGUCUGACCAGUCAGGCCAGUGGAUGCCAACGAAAGUGCUCCCACCCACUGGAGCUAAACUGCUCCCAUCCGAGGUUCCCCCUGUCAAGGUGACUGAAUAUAUCAAGCCUGUGCGGAUUUUCGAGAGCAAAUCUGGCAAGACCAUCAUCGAUUUUGGACAGAACAUGGUUGGCAAGCUACUUGUCAAGCAGCUUCGAAAGCCACUUGGUCAAGAGAUCGUAUUCCGUCACGCCGAAGUGAUCGAAGACGAUGAACUCGGGACACGCCCUCUACGAAGCGCUGAAGCCAAAGACACCAUCCUCUCACACGGACAAGUGAUCGAGACCUGGUCCCCACACCAUACUUUCCAUGGGUUUCGAUACGUCGAGGUCACAGGUUGGUCUCCUUCUGACGAACAAUGUCCGUUGACCCUGGAAAGUGUUGAAGCUCUUAUCAUGCACACGGAUAUGAAGCGUACCGGCUGGUUCUCGUGUUCGGAUCCUCUGGUCAACAAGUUACACGAAAACACCGUCUGGAGCAUGCGUGGGAACUUCUUGUCAAUCCCGACUGAUUGUCCUCAACGAGAUGAACGAUUAGGCUGGACCGGCGAUAUACAGGUGUUCGGCCCAUCAGCCAAUUUUUUGUUCGAUACUAGUGCGAUGCUCGGCCACUGGUUGGAAGAUGUCGCGAGCGAGCAAAAGGAUAAUGAUGGCAUUCCGCCAUUCGUCGUACCCAAUAUCCUUACCUCUGACACAGGUGACAACUCUUGGGGUAGGUUUCCUCAAGCGGUAUGGGACGAUGUGGUCGUCUUAUUACCAUGGUCUCUCUAUCGUGCAUUUGGCGAUGUCGAGAUCCUAAAGCGUCAAUACUCGAGCAUGCAGAUGUGGCUGGAGCGGGGCGUCAGGAGGGGUGCUGACGGUCUCUGGGAUCCCUCUUUCCAUCAACUCGGUGACUGGCUAGAUCCAAGCGCACCACCUGACAGACCAGGAGAGGCAAAAACUGAUGGCACAUUUGUCGCAGAUGCCUAUCUUGUGCAUGUCACUCACCUUAUGAACAUCAUCAGUGACAUCAUUGGGCACAAGGGAGAAGCAGCGAAAUAUGCCCUUGAACACAAAAAGCUGAAGAAGGCCUUCGGUAGGAAAUAUAUCACCAUUGAAGGUCUCCCAGUGGCCGACACUCAGACCGGCUUGGCCUUGGCGAUUAUCUUCGAUCUGUUCAAGACGCCUGACCAAGCAAAGGUAGCAGCGGCCAGACUGGGAAGAGCAGUCAGAUUAGCAGACUUCAGGGUAGCCACAGGUUUCGUCGGAACUCCGAUCGUGACACAUGCGUUAUCUUCAGUCGGCCUGCAGAAUCUAGCAUAUCGUAUGCUGUUCGAAAAGGGAUGUCCGUCCUGGCUCUACCCAAUUACUAUGGGAGCUACCACUGUAUGGGAACGCUGGAAUAGUAUGUUGCCCGAUGGUAGUAUCAACCCAGGGGAAAUGACCAGCUUCAAUCACUACGCCCUAGGCUCGAUUGUAAAUUGGUUACACGAGGUCGUUGGUGGCAUCAGUCCGUUUGAGCCUGGUUGGAAGCGUUCGCUCAUCAGGCCUGUGCCUGGUGGCUCGCUCACACAUGCAGAGGCCAAACAUGACACGCCAUAUGGAAUGUUGAGUUGCAGGUGGACUAUCGAGGCUGGGCAGUUCAGACUUUCUUUGGUCGUACCACCAAACACGACGGCGAAAGUUGUCAUGCCUGAUAGGCAAGCAAGCCAAAUUCUGGGCGACACAGAAGAAGGCUUCGAAGUCGGAUCUGGAAACUAUGAGUUCUCAUGUGCUUACGAACCUGACAAGUGGAAGCCUGAAGCUAUUCCUAUUCCGUUCUACACCCCGGUCAAGAAGGAGCUAUGGUGA